AUGGAGCGCGAUCUUGAUAUUGGCGAUAGCAUUGUUGAUAAACAAAUGAUCUACCGGUGCUACAUCAAGGAUGGAGCGGUAAUGUAUGAAGAAUAUCCUUGUGGCUUUAAAGGCACGCCGCCGUGCACCGCACCACCAAAACAGCAAGGAACAUCAAACUUACCUUUCAUGUCCGGUUUUAGACCCGGAUUUAAAGCAUUCAGUAUUGCGCAGCAUGUGAAUCGUGGCGGCAACAAGAUUGUUGCUGGUUCCAGUACAGUGAGACUGGAAGCAGCACGUAUGGAUGGAAUGCGUUCUGCACUACGUUCGCCUAUGACUCACUCAAGCACUCGUCUUUUAUCCGAUACAUGA